AUGGGGGUCAGCUAUCGCCGGCUCCGGCGCAGCCUGGUGCGUCGGGCCCGGCUGAGCCGCGCCAAGCGCGCUCGGUCGCUGCCGCGAGAGAAGGAAGCCGAGUUCGAGCCCACCGAAGCUGUGCUGGUAGCCGAGGCCUAUGGCCACGCCUUCCCGCAGGGGGGCUGGGAUUGGCCGCUGUCGCGGCUGGCGCCUCGCCGGCGCCAAGCGAAAGAAUGCGCGGGGCGUGCUGCCAUGUGA